AGACCAUGCCUAUGUUGUUAUAUAUAGAGAGUAAAGAAACAUAAAUCUCAGUAUCAUCAACUAUACACAUUCUCAAAAAAUGGGAGAUGAAGUAGUAUUGCUUGAUUUAUGGGUUAGUCCCUUUGGUAUGAGGGUGAGAAUUGCCCUGAAAGAAAAGGGCAUAAAUUAUGAAUCCAAGGAAGAAAAUUUGAGCAACAAGAGCUCAUUGCUCCUAAAAAUGAACCCUAUCCAUAAGCAAAUCCCAGUUUUAAUUCACAAUGGAAAGCCUAUUUGUGAAUCCCUCAUCAUUGUUCAGUACAUUGAUGAAGUUUGGAAGGACAAAGCUCCACUCUUACCUUCUGAUCCUUAUGAAAGAGCCCAUGCUAAAUUUUGGGCUGAUUAUGUUGACAAAAAGAUAUAUAGUACAGGGAGAUUGGUAUGGACAACAAAAGGUGAAGCUCAAGAGGCAGCAAAAAAAGAACUAAUACAUCACUUUAAACUAUUGGAAAAAGAGUUAGGUGACAAGACUUUCUUUGGAGGAGAUCAAUUUGGUUUAGUUGACAUUGCUCUUAUACCUUUUUAUAGUUGGUUUUAUGCAUUAGAAACUUGUGGAAACUUUAGUAUGAUUCAUGAAUGUCCUAAACUUGUUGAAUGGGCUAAAAGAUGCAUGGAAAGGGAAAGUGUUUCAACUUCUUUACCUGAUCAGUACAAAGUUUAUGACUUCAUAUUGGAGUUGAAAAAGAAACUUGAUCUUGAUUAAAGAUCAAACCUCAAUAGAGGCAGAGUUCCAAUUCUGCUUACAGGUUUUGGUUCCAUAGAACAUUUAUGAUUUCAUUUUGUAGUUGAAAAAAUAAAAACAAAAACUUGAGCUUGAUUAAAGUUAGAGUUUGUGAUUUUGGUCCAAGAGUUUGUAUUUGUAUUAAAAGGUUCAUUUGAUAUGUAUGAAUAAUUUAUUCAGAAUUCAAUAAGUUUGGUCUUUUCUAGAAUC